UGUUUUAAGAAACAACAGAGGAAACUGCCACCCGCAGCAUCCCACCUCUCUCAUGAUUUGCGUGGGUCCCGUCAUGCGUCCGGACAAGUGGCGCGGGUAGCCGAGUGUGUGUUUCCGAGCGGCUACGAAAAGCAUUUCUUAUAAGAAGAAGAAAAAGAAAAGAAAAAAAAAACCCGCGAAUAAGCGGUGGGUUUUCCCGCCAUGUCGCCGCCCAAUUCCCGCCGCUCUCAUCCCACACAAACCUCACCUUUCUUUUAUUUCUUAUAUAUAUAUAUAUCCCCAAAACCCUCCCAAACUCUUCCCUCCCAAUCCUCGUUUGAAAUCCUCUCUCCUCGAAGCAGGCGAGCGACAUGGAGGUGGCGAUUCUGGGGUUGCGGAAGAUAAAGAUAGAGCGGCGGGAUGAGGCGUCGGAGGAACGGGAGACAGGAGGGUGGGAGACGCCCAGGAGGGCGGAGUGUAGGAUCCCCGCGGCGACCCGGUGCCCCCCGCCGCCCAGGAAGAAGUCCCCCGCCGUGGCAUUCGGCAAGAGGAGAGACCCGCCCAAGAACGGCUACUUCCACCCGCCCGAUCUCGAGGCCCUCUUUGCCCUGGCGCCCAGGAGGGAGGCCUGCGCUUGACACCGGUGGGGCAAAGGUGGCGUCUUGUAGAUAGCAGAUGUUGCUGUUGUACUCUAUAUGAUGCUUGCUCAGUGUUAGGUCCUCUGUUCCUCUGUAUCUAUAUUCAAGAAUGCUCUUCUCUUUGUAAUACUAGUAAUUCCGAGGCUUAUACAUUGCCAUUGAUGUUCUUGGACUGCAAACGAUGGCGAAGAACUCAUUAUAACACAAGGAGAUCGAAGCACAGGGAUAAGGAUGUCUGCCUUGGAUCUCAAUGACACUAUCAAGAUUUUUUAUGAGGUCAUAUCCAAAGAAGAAAAAUGAAAUAGACUAAAGAGGCAUCCAAUGUUCUGAUACUCUUGAGAGUGACCGCUUGAGCACUUGUCACUUGAUGAAGUAGACAAAUGUUUCAUUGUCAUUGUACUAAUAUAAUGAUUUUGGGACAGUGUUGGUGCCAAUAUUUA